GACGUCACCGGGUUUCACAUUCCGCCGGCGCGCGCUCCGUGGAGUCCAGAAGAACCGGCGCUUGUUCGCUCACAUUCUGGAACUUUGUGUUGAAUUUGCAGACCUGCACAGAGUCAUGGCCUCAGACAUUUCUCAGCUGGUUGAUGCUUUUUCUAAAACCCACGUCAGUGAUGGAGAACUAAGCUAUAAAGGUCUGGGACCACGCACAGUCAGCUUGUUUGUGCUUUCAGUGGAGGAUCUGGCCCAUGAUAAAAAGGGGUAUCACAAUCUGAGGGCGUUACGUCUGGAAGGGAACACUGUAGGAGUCGAAGCAGCGCGAAUCAUUGCCAAGGCUCUGGAGAGCAAAGCUGAGCUCCAGAGGUGCUAUUGGAAUGACAUGUUCACUGGAAGACUGCGCUCUGAAAUCCCAACAGCACUGAGGCACCUGGGUGGGGCUUUGAUCACUGCGGGAGCCAGACUGACUGAAUUAGACUUGAGUGAUAACGCCUUCGGACCAGAUGGCGUGAAGGGAAUCGAGCAGCUGCUGUUUGUGGGCAGUGAUGCUGCCUGCCUUCACUUGUAGGUAGCUGCAUUGCAUCAACUCUGAUGGCUCCUGUCUGCUUUGUAGAUCCUGGCUGAAGCUCUGAUUGAAUGUCACAGACAGUCAAAGCUUCUCGGUGCUCCGCUCAGACUGACAGUGUUUGUAGCAGGACGGAACCACCUGGAAAAUGAAGGCGCGAGCGCCCUGGCCGAGGCCUUUAAGUUGAUGGGCAGCCUGGAAGAGGUCCACAUGCCCCAGAACGGUAUCAACCAUGCAGGAGUGGUAGCAAUAGCUUCAGCCAUGAGACACAAUCCAGACCUCUGUGUCCUCAACCUGAAUGACAACACCUUCAUCAAGAGGGGGGCGGUGGUCAUGGCACAAGCUCUGAGGCACCUGAGGAAUGUCCAGGUGAUCAACUUUGGAGACUGUCUGGUCCGCUCUGAAGGAGUGGUCGCCCUGGCUGCAGUCCUGAGUGAGGGUCUGCCCAUCCUCAAGGAGUUGAAUCUGUCUUUUGGUGAGAUCACUGAGACAGCAGCACUCAUGGUUGCUCAGGCUGUCAUGGACAAACCUCAUAUGGAGAAACUGGAUCUCAACGGUAACUGUCUGGGUGAGGAGGGCUGUGAUGCCUUAAGAGAAGCUGUGGAGACCAGAGACAAAGCAGACAUGUUGGCGUCACUCAGUGCUGAUGAGGGUGAACCUGAUGAUGAUGAGGAGGACGACGACGAUGAUGAUGAUGAUGAUGAGAUUAGUGGUGACAGUAAUGAAGAAAAUGAAGAUGAGAGUGAAGUCUUGCAGAAGAUCGAAUGACAACACAGUGCUGCACAAUAAGUGGCGAGAUGCUAAAAUCCUGAUGCUGUGCAAAAGAGAGGCGGAGCUUUGCCUUGCAGAGGAGGGGCCACAACGAAUGCUGCACUGCACUGAAAUCUACUCAAAACCAGCUCAAGCAAAGAGAAGCAAUGACUGCUGAUCCUUCUUAUUUUUUAUUGUUUUCUAUAAUUUAUUUUCCAAACAUAUGCUCAUAAAAUAUUUAUGGAAGAGAAAAACAACAAACCCUCAUUUAACAGCUAUACACUGUUUUAUUAUAACAUAACUGCCUGGAAUCUGCUCUUUAAAAUGACUAAUUCUUUACUAUCAUGUCUGUUAUGUUUUAUAUGAAAUACAAUUAAAAUAAAUAAAAGUAAUGUUCA